AAUCAAGGCGCCCUCCUUUCCCAUUCCACCAACAAAGGUGACAAAGUCCAUUCAGAUGGAGUCUACUGGAUCUAGGAAAAAGAUCCAUGGUACCAGCUCUCAGCAGGUGCAGGGUGCUGGGUCCAGGGACAGGUCCACAGGCAUCACAUUAAACAAUUCACCUCGAAAAACCACAUCAUUUCAUCAACCACAAACCAUUUAAUCAACUACGUUGUGUGUUAACCCAGUUGAAUCUCAGAGCAUAUUUCUUCUGUAUUCAGUAUUUCCAUUAACCUGCAUUUAACUGUAAAUUAACUUAAUGUUUUCUUUUUCAGACCCUGCACAUUCAAAUGUAAACCAAGCCAGCCAGUCGAAGGGUGCUGGAUCUAGUCAUCAGUCCAGCCACAGUGAUGGAUCCUGGCACAGCGACCGGUCCGUGCACAGCAAACGUUACCGACACAGGAAGCAGUCUAGGCAUAGCGACCAGUCCAGGGACAGUGACGGAUUCCGGAAUAGCAAACGUUACCGACACAGGAAGCAGUUCAGGGACAGCGACGGGUCCAGGCACAGUGACCGGUCAGGGGACAGCAACCAGAUGGGACACAGCAAGCAGUCCAUGGACGAUUAUGAAGGUGUUCAAACGCCAAUCUCAAGAUACUCUGGGAGGUCUUUCUCAGAGCAGAGUAACCGAUCCUCUGCUCAUGAGUCCAGUCAUACAGAGCCUCGUAGCGAAACCGACAUAAGAUUUCCCAUGGCCAUGGAAAAAUUUCAGAAAAAAGUCUUGACUAAAUUGGUGGAUAUCCACAUGGAGGUCAGAAGGCUGGGAAGAAGUGAGCCUCCCCUUUCAUCCGCCCAUAUAGAGCAGCUGGAGACGAUGGAGGAGUUUGAGAGAGAGGAGGAACGCCUUAAGGACAAGCAAGCCUUUGAGUCCCUGGUGUUGAAACUUGCAAGAAUUGGAGGGAAAGAUGUAAGGGAUUGUGUCCACAAAAUUUUUGACAGGCUCUUUACCAACCGGCUGAUGGCAAAAUUUAAUAUGAAGGGGAAGGGAAAAAGGCAGAAACAGCCUCUGGAGACGACUAAAACUUUUGAAGCAUUUAAAGCUGCAGUCAUGAAAUGGGACAAAGAAGCUACAGAGGCAACAAUCAAGCAUCAUGCAGCAGAACAUCUUAAACAUGCACCGGGGAGAAAAGGAGGUGGAGGGCACACAGGGGUGGAAUGAAACUUGUAUUUAUUUCCAGUUUAGGGGACUUUAUACCUCCCUCUUUUUGUCUUUUUUCAGUUAGCAGUUUAAAACAAUUCUAAAAGUUAAAGUAGUAGUUACUUAUCUGUUCAUAUUCUGUUGAAAACAUUAAAAAUGGAAAAAAUAUUGUAUUGCUUUGUAUUUCAACUUCCCUCAUUUUAUAUCUUUUUUCCCCACUCAUCAGUUUAAGUACUCCUUUAUUAGAAUUGUUUUACUUAUCAGCUUGUUCUGCGCUGAAAACAUUAAAGAUGGGAAAAAAUAUUCUCUUGUCAUUUCAAAUAUGAAAUUUUGUCCUUAAUAGACGUCACAUAUUUCCAAUUGUAAAUAAGGCUACUAAAAUGUCUUUGCGCACCUAUAUCUUGUGUAUCUAAGGGAUAGUUAUUAUUUACAAUUUUAAAACUGUACUUCUGCACACUGCCUUUACUAUGAAUGAGUUUUAUUGAAUACCACGUGGUCAUCCAACUUUGUAACAAUAGUCUACCUGAUUUGAUGAUCAAAACCUGGUGUUUAAUAAAGCUGAUACAGGAUAAAUAAAAAUGAAUAACCAUUAAAAUAUUGCACCCAGUUGCACUCCAUUUAAACCAAAUGUAAUAAGUCCAAGAAACACGUCAUAAAUUGUAUGAAUGUCCUUUAGAUGUCUGUAAGUGACAUUUGAAAUGAUUAAUAAUUAAUUUGG